AUGGCAAAGACUAUCCAGCAGUUUCUCUCGAUUGCGCGCCAGACUGUUCGCGAGGGCCUCAAGGCUACCGCAGCGCAGCGCAUCCUCCUCGUCACUGGCAACGAGUCUGCUGAUCUCGAUUCAUUCACGAGCUCGUUGAUAUUUGCCUAUCUGACAGCCACCCACCCCACGCCCACGUUCAAGGACCGGUCAUACUCCUCAGUCAUUCCUAUCGUCAACAUCCCGCGCGAAGAAGUCUCAAUCAGACCAGAGCUGCUGUUCUUGCUCUCCACUCUCUCGAUUCCAGAGUCGGACGUGAUCUGCAAAGACGAGUUUCUCGCGUCGCUGUCGACCGCCUCCGAGAACGUCGACGUGGUUGUUCUCGACCAUAAUAACCUACUCUCUGAUCUGGGUGAGAAAUUCAGCAGUCGCGUCGUCGGCAUUCUCGACCAUCACGUCGACGAAGGUCUGCACAAGGAUGCCGAGCCACGAGUCAUCGCGCCCGUCGGCAGUUGCACUACUCUAGUCGUCAGCUACUACAAGGACUAUUUCACCAGCAAGCCUGACACCGACGAGCAGGCGAAGCUCGUGUCUGACGUCGCGCGGCUCGCUCUCGCGCCGAUUGUCGUCGACACGGCGAAUCUGACGUCAAAGGCUACGCCGGAGGAUUUCGAAGCAGUCAAGCUGCUGAACGGUGUUCUUGCCGAUGAUGCGCUCUCUCAGUUCACGCAGGCCGUGGAGGAGACGAGCGUCGAGAGUAAAGAGGACGAGGAGUCCUCAACUAAGAAGAGCAAAGCAGACCCACUCGAGACAUACUUCUCAGCUCUAAUGAACGCAAAGCGAAGUAUCGACGGUCUCUCACUGCGCGACAUCUUACGAAAAGACUACAAAGAAUGGCGAGAAGAUAAUGGUCGGUCGGUCGGGAUCAGCUCGAGCGUCAAGUCACUUAAAUGGACUGUUGAAAAAUUCGGCGCGGAGAAAUUUAGAGAGGGAGUCACAAAAUGGGUGGAGGAGCGCAAGUUGGACGCGUUUGUGUUUAUGGAUUCGUAUGUGACCGAGGCCGGACAAUUUAGACGUGAUCUCUUUGUCACAGUCUGCUCCGAGAAAGGCGACGGGUGCGUUAGAGAGUUUGUCAAGGCUGCGAAGAAGGAGUUUGAGCUUGAGGAGAUCUCGGGAAAGGAGAGCAUCAAGGACUUGACGGUUGACGAGGAGACCGGGUUUUGGUUUUGGAAUCAGGGAAAUUUGAAGGCGAGUCGGAAACAGGUCGCGCCUCUGAUUAGAGAGUAUAUGCAAAAGUAG